UUAAAAUCGAAAGAUUCACGCAGUACAGUAGUUUGGAUGCAUUUCCAAGUUUACAAUGAAGUUCCUCGUUGUCCUUUUUGGCCUUGUAUGCGCCUUAGCCCAUGGGUUACCGAACGUAGUAAAGGUAGACUCACUCCAUCCGGCUUAUGCAAAUGAUUUAGAAACCCUGCCAUCCGAUAGUGACGGUACCAGGGUAACAAACGGUGAGAACGCUUUCGAAGACCAAUUCCCUUACCAGGUUUCCAUUCGGUGGGAUGAUAACAUCGAAACGCCCACCCGCCACUGCGGUGGUAGUAUCAUUUCAGAAUCGGUGGUACUCACGGCUGCUCAAUGUUACCAUAGCGAUGGUACCUAUUCCAUCGUUGCUGGAAUUCUCAACCGAGCCAGAAUAAGCGAAUAUACUCAAAAGCGAGGUGUUGACAAAUUUGUCAUUCACGAAAAUUUUUAUGGUAGAAGAGGCAUAUAUGACAUUGCCCUAAUAAAGGUGGACUCACCCUUCGAGUUGACCUCUGCCGUUCAACCUAUUCGAAUUCCUAGACAAGGACUCGCUCCUUCUGGAACCGGCGUCGUUUCUGGAUGGGGAAGGACGUUUUAUAAUUCUGCUCUCUCAAGCAUCAUGCAAUACGCUACCGUACGGAUUAUAACAAACAGCGAGUGCGCUCAAACAUUGAUCAGUAACGUCGGAUCUUCCAGUCCUUUGGACGAUACCCAAUUUUGUACCAGUGCUCGCAUGAGUGGUAGAACGGGAAGAACGUCAAUUUGCGAAGGUGACACUGGUGGCCCACUGGUCCAAGGCUUUGUUCAGGUGGGCAUUAUUUCUUGGGGCAUCACACCAUGUGGAACCACUUUUUCCCCAUCGGUCUACACAAAAGUUUCUCUUUAUUCUGACUGGAUUAACGAUAAACUUGCACAAUUCCUUGUAUGCGCCUUAGCUCAUGGGCUACCGAACGUAGUAAAGGUAGACUCACUUCAUCCGACUUUUGCAAAGGAUGCAUCCGACAGUGACGACACCAGGAUAACAACCAGUGAGGACGCUUUCGAAAACGAAUUUCCUUACCAGGUUUCCAUUGAGUGGGGUGACAAUGAACCGCCCGAACACUUCUGCGGUGGUAGCAUCAUUUCAGAAUCGGUGGUACUCACGGCUGCCCAAUGUCAUUAUGACUAUGGUACCUAUUCCAUCGUUGCUGGAAUUUUCAAUCGAGUCAGACAAAGCGAAUCUGCUCAAAGGCGAGGUGUCGACAGAUUUGUCAUUCACGAAAGGUUUUCUGGUAGAAGAGGCAUAUAUGACAUUGCCUUAAUAAAGGUGGACUCACCCUUCGUGUUUACUUCUUCCGUUCAAGCUGUUCAACUUCCUAAACAAGGAGUCACUCCUUCUGGAAUUGGGAUCAUUAGUGGAUGGGGAAGGACGUUUUAUAAUUCUGUUCGCCCAGACGUUCUGACAUACGCCGCCGUACGAAUUAUAUCUAACAGGGAUUGCGCUCAAACGUUGAUCAGUGUUGUUGGAUCUUCCAGACCUUUAGACGAUACCCAAUUUUGUUCCAGUCCUACUGUGACUGGUAGAACAGGAAGGACGUCAGUUUGCGAUGGUGACUUCGGUGGCCCAUUUGUCCAAGGCUUUGUCCAAGUGGGUAUUAUCUCUUGGGGUAUAACACCAUGUGGCACUACUAUUUCGCCAUCCGUUUACGUACAAGUUUCCCUUUAUGUGGAUUGGAUUAAAGAUAAACUUGCACAGUUGUGAGAUCUGUUGCUCACAUAACUAUUUAAAUAAAUCUGUACCCAAACAGAUGUAUUCAAUAAAAUUGCUCAGAAAUAAAUAACGUCUGUUCAUUUAAA